GCAGUUUCGCAGUCAAGGGCCUCAUCCAAAGACACGGUGACGGCCAUGGCGAGUGAUGAGACGGUGGAACAAGCCUUGCAGCGGAUCGCCGAGAAGUUUCAGGCAGAGACGGGCGCCGCGGACUUUGCGAAGCUGACAAAUCACGUCAUCGCGACCUUGAAGGAUAAGGACUCUCGCGCCCGAGGAGUGGAAAGCCUGAUCCAGCUGCAGGAUCAACUGCAUGUAGCCCGACGCCUCGGGAACUAUGUGGAGGAGGCCAAUUUGGUGGAGUCCAUUGCAGGAAGGAUGCGCACGGAUGACGCGUACUCCCUGCAGUCUGCGCUGCCCGUGGUCCAGGCCGAGCAAUCGGAGGAGAUGAAGGAGAUGAUCCGGCAGAUGCAGAAAGCAGACCUCGCCUCGAGACCCUAUGAGUUCAUCAACGCCGCGGACUCAGAAGAGAUCACGGUGAACAUCAAGGUGCCACCUGCAACACAAAUGAAGGACGUGACGGUGAAGCUGACUGCCGCCAACAUCCGAGUGGAGGUGAAGGGCCAUGAGCUGCAACCCUGCAUCGACGGGGCCUUCUACCAGCCAGUGGACCCGGCCGGCUGCGAUCAUCACCUGGAGGGCUCCGGUGAGAAGCGGACCUUGGUCCUGGAUAUCGAGAAGAAGACGAACGGCUUGAAAUGGCCCGAUCUGCUGGGCUACGGGGCUUGAGCUUUUGGCGGUUGUCCAGUGGCACCCCUUUGCCCUUUAACUUGAGCUCCCUACAACC